AUGGCCGACGAUGGAAUGCUGCUCAAUUUCGAGCUCGGAAGUGAGCCGUUCAAGCCCCAAGUCAAAUUCAGGGGAGGCCGGUGGCGGGACAGGAAGCGCGCCGAAAGGAGCGCCAAACUCGCAACGUCACGCCCCGCGACUACCCAGGACAACGAUGUCGAGGAACAACGCUUCGCGAAACGUCGCCGAGUCGAGGGCGAGAGAUCCAAGGGAGAUGCAGGUGCCCGUUCGGGGAAUCCUGCGGCGGACUCAGGCAAGGGGUCUCGACAAGUCGUUUCCCGGCUCUUCUCGUACAACCCAACCCAGACGACGGCUGCGGCGGAACAAGAAGAAUGGGAAGCGCCGCAGCCUUCCAACGCGCCGCUCGCCGAUGUCGCCAACUUUGGGUCCCUUACCCUGUCGUCGCGGCUGGUGGACGAGCUGGCCAAGAUGAAUCUGAAUCGCCCAACAGCCAUCCAGCAAAAGGUCAUUCCGCACUUGCUAUCGAGCACGUCUGAUGCAUUUGUGCAAGCAGAAACCGGUUCGGGCAAGACGUUCUCCUAUCUCCUCCCGAUUCUCCAUCGUGUCCUGCUCCUGAGUGGCUCUGCUGGGGGCAAGCAACUUCACCGAGAUUCCGGCAUCUUUGCCAUCAUUGUCUCGCCAACCCGCGAGCUGGCUAGGCAGGUCCAUGAGGUCCUCGAGCAACUCAUUCGGCCCUUUCCGUGGCUUGUUUCCACCGCAAUCACCGGCGGAGAGUCAAAAAAGGCCGAAAAGGCAAGAAUUCGGAAGGGCGUCAACUUUCUCGUCGCCACCCCCGGUCGGUUGGCCGAUCACAUAGACAACACAAAGGCUCUGAGCUUCGCAACUGUCCGCUGGUUGAUACUGGAUGAGGGCGACCGAUUGAUGGACCUUGGCUUCGAGCAAGAUCUGCAAAAGGCCAUAUCUGCGCUGCGGGACCUGCGUGUCACCGUCCUCUGCUCCGCCACCAUGAAGAUGAAUGUGCAGAAGCUUGGUGAACUCAGUCUUACUGAUGCCACACUUUUAGCGGCUGAAAAGGACGCUGCCGACGAGCCGGAAGACAAUGCAGUCCACAAGGCUCCUGCGCAACUGCAUCAGUCGUACAUUAUCGUGCCGUCGAAACUCCGCCUGGUGACGCUGGUGGCGCACCUCAAGUCCAUCUUCUCUCGCCGCGGCCGUAUAAUGAAAGCCAUCAUCUUCAUGUCUUGUGCCGACUCGGUCGACUUUCACUACGAGCUUCUCCGGCAUCCAGACGACUCAGCCCUCCCGGCUCCUUUGCCAAAGGAGGCAGAACAAACUGCCAAGACAGUGUCCAAGGCGGCAUACGUCACCUCUGCGGCUAGCCCGGAAGUCAUCUUGCACAGGAUGCACGGAUCGCUCAGCCAGCCAGUUCGGACAGCAACGCUGCGGUCGUUUUCCGCGUGCAAGUCUCCGUCGGUGCUAAUCACCACAGACGUCUCGUCUCGUGGUCUUGACAUCCCGUCUGUCGACUUGGUCAUCGAGUACGAUCCGGCCUUUAGCUUCGCAGAUCACAUUCACCGCGUGGGUCGGACGGCUCGAGCUGGACGCCCUGGUGAUGCCGUGCUAUUCCUUCUUCCGGGGCCGGAGGAGGGCUAUAUAGAACUCCUCAAGUCAUCCACAUCGCCCACGUCGCUUUCUUACGAGUCAGUUCUCAAGACUGGGCUCGUGGCCAAGCUCGAGUUUCCGGUCGAGACGUCUGCGACACCCGCAGACGGAUCUUCAUACCACGACAAGGCGGAAUCCAUGCAACUUCACUUUGAACAGCGCCUCCUCAACGAUACCCAACGGCUGGACCUGGCACGGAGCGGCUUCAGAUCACACAUCCGGGCCUAUGCUACGCAUGUCAAGGAGGAGCGUGUGCACUUUAACCUCACCGAGCUGCACUUGGGUCAUGCGGCGAAGAGCUUCGGCUUGAGAGAGGCCCCCGGCGGCAUCGGCGCAGGGGUCGAACGCAAGGCGAGGAAGGGUCCAAAGGACGCGGCCAUGGGGCACACGCAAGAGCAGAAGCCCCCGCGCGACAUCAUCAGGAUGAAGAGCAGGAUGCUGAUGAAGGCAACGGCCGACGAGUUCAACAUCGGGUAA